AUGGGGCCACGUAUGAAGGACCUACAACUGACAGCGUCGGCCGGCAAGGGAUCUCCGGAAUAUGCUGGCGAGGAGGAGAGGCUUCUAGGCGGCGAUGAUAUAGAGAAUUAUGGGAAAGUACCGGAGAAAUUUAGAAGAAUCCAGGUGAGCGUGACGGGGAUGACGUGUGCAGCCUGCUCAAAUUCCGUGGAAUCAGCUCUUAUGAGCAUACCUGGCGUCGUCAAAGCCUCCGUCGCCUUGCUCCAGAAUAAGGCUGAUGUCACCUUUGAUCCUAUCUUAGUCAAGGAUGAAGACAUUACAAAUGCAAUAGAGGAUGCAGGAUUUGAUGCAGAUAUCCUACCUGAACCAAAUUCAUCUAGUACUAAGCCACAUGGAACCCGAGUAGGACAGUUCACAAUAGGAGGAAUGACGUGUGCAGCUUGUGUCAAUUCUGUGGAAAGUAUUCUAAGAAAGCUUCCGGGUGUGAAAAGGGCCACCGUUGCUUUGGCUACUUCAUUAGGGGAAGUUGAAUAUGACCCAGCUGUUAUCAGUAAAGAUGAAAUAGUAAAUGCAAUUGAAGAUGCUGGUUUUGAAGCUUCAUUUGUGCAGAGCAGUGAGGAGGACAAAAUUAUGCUAGGGGUUAUAGGUAUAUCGAGUGAAAUGGAUAUCCAGAUGUUGGAAGGCAUUCUUAGCAAUUUAAAGGGAGUGAGGCAAUUCUAUUUUGACCACACAUCAAGAGAUUUAGAAGUUCAUUUUGAUCCAGAGCUUCUUGGUUCCAGAUCCUUAAUUGAUGGAAUUGAAAGUGAAAGCCAUAGAAAAUUCAAGUUUCUUGUCAAGAACCCUUAUGCAAGAAUGUCUUCUAAGGAUCUAGAAGAAUCUUCAAAGAUGUUUCGACUUUUUACUGCCAGCUUGUUUCUCAGCGUUCCUGUCCUGCUCAUGCGUGUAGUCUGCCCUCGCAUUCCUCUGUUAUACUCUUUGAUACUUUGGCAAUGUGGCCCUUUCCAAAUGGGUGACUGGCUGAAGUGGGCUUUGGUAACUGUUGUUCAAUUUGGUGUUGGUAAGCGGUUUUAUAUUGCAGCUGGCAGAGCACUUAGAAAUGGUUCAACAAACAUGGAUGUCUUGGUUGCAUUGGGAACUUCAGUUUCAUACUUCUACUCUGUUUAUGCAUUAUUAUAUGGCGCUAUCACAGGAUUCUGGUCUCCAACGUACUUUGAAACGAGUGCAAUGCUAAUAACCUUUGUACUUUUGGGCAAGUACUUGGAGAGUCUUGCAAAGGGAAAGACAUCAGAUGCUAUCAGAAAACUCGUGGAACUCACACCAGCAACUGCUACCUUGCUUGUGCAAGACAGAGGUGGAAAAAUUGUUGGAGAAAGAGAAAUUGAUGCCUUGCUGAUUCAACCUGGUGAUGUGUUGAAAGUACUUCCUGGUGCAAAGAUGCCUGCUGAUGGUUUAGUUGUUUGGGGUUCAAGCUACGUAAAUGAGAGUAUGGUUACUGGUGAAUCCGUGCCUGUUUCAAAAGAGGUGGAUUCAUCAGUUAUUGGAGGAACAAUAAACUUGCAUGGUUCCCUUCACAUACAGGCAAACAAAGUAGGUUCUAACACAGUCUUGAGCCAGAUUAUAUCUCUAGUUGAGACCGCACAGAUGUCUAAAGCUCCCAUUCAGAAGUUUGCAGACUUUAUUGCAAGCAUUUUUGUCCCGGUGGUUAUAACGCUGGCAUUAUUGACAUUACUAGGAUGGUAUCUUGCUGGGGUUCUAGGAGCCUACCCCACUGAGUGGUUGCCAGGAAAUAGCAAUCAUUUUGUUUUUGCCCUCAUGUUUGCAAUAUCAGUUGUUGUAAUCGCAUGCCCAUGUGCACUUGGAUUGGCCACCCCAACUGCUGUCAUGGUUGCAACAGGAGUUGGAGCAAAUAAUGGGGUGUUGAUAAAGGGUGGAGAUGCACUAGAGAGGGCACAGAAGAUUAAGCAUGUUGUAUUUGAUAAGACUGGCACCUUAACCCAAGGAAAAGCCACUGUUACAACUGCAAAAGUUUUCUCAGGAAUGGAUCGUGGCGAAUUCCUUACAUUGGUAGCAUCAGCAGAGGCUAGCAGCGAACACCCUCUGGCUAAGGCAAUUCUUGAAUAUGCCCGCCAUUUCCAUUUUCUUGACGAACCCAAUGCUACCAAGGAUGGUCAAAGCAACAGGAUGGAGUCUAAUUUCUUCGGAUGGCUUCUUGACGUCUCGGAUUUCACUGCUGUGCCUGGAAGAGGCGUGCACUGCUUUAUAGAUGGAAAACAGAUUUUGGUUGGUAAUCGAAAGUUGCUGACUGAAAAUCAAGUGGCUAUACCAAGCCAUGUGGAGAAAUUUGUUGUAGAGUUGGAAGAAAGUGCCAGGACUGGAAUACUCGUGGCAUAUGAUAACAAUCUAAUUGGUGUUCUUGGGGUCGCAGAUCCAUUGAAGAGGGAAGCUGCUGUUGUAGUAGAGGGUCUCAUGAAAAUUGGUGUGAAUCCUAUUAUGGUUACUGGUGAUAAUUGGAGAACUGCUCAAGCUGUUGCUAAGGAGGUUGGCAUUACAGAUGUUAGGGCAGAAGUGAUGCCUGCAGGAAAAGCUGACGUUAUUCAUUCAUUCCAGAAAGGUGGAAGUGUAGUUGCAAUGGUGGGUGAUGGAAUCAACGACUCUCCUGCCUUGGCUGCUGCUGAUGUGGGUAUGGCAAUUGGGGCAGGGACAGAUAUUGCAAUAGAGGCUGCUGACUAUGUUUUGAUGAGGAAUAACUUAGAAGAUGUGAUCACUGCUAUUGAUCUUUCAAGAAAGACCUUCACCCGCAUACGCUUGAAUUACAUCUUUGCCAUGGGUUACAAUGUAGUUGCCAUCCCUGUGGCUGCUGGGGUUUUAUAUCCUUCUCUCAAAAUCAAGUUGCCGCCAUGGGUAGCCGGUGCAUGCAUGGCCUUGUCAUCUGUAACUGUUGUAUGCUCAUCUUUGCUGCUUAGGAGAUACAGAAAACCGAGGCUUACCACUAUACUUGAAAUAACGGUAGAAUAG